GUUCAGUCGGUUGGGCAUAUGUUGUCGUGAGGAUAUAUUGGCAGGACCUAAGAGCUUUUCCUAUAGCAAACGCUGCCGAGUGAGAACAACGUCAUCAAAUCAUGCGCUUAGAAUACGUCAUCGCUGCCGCGCUGGCACUGGCCUUCCUUCCCCACCACGCGCAUGCUCAGGGCGGUAACCGGAGGCGCCCUCCGUCGGAUCCCGAGGAAGCUAUAGAGUAUAACGAUGACCCGCCCUCGUUUCCGAUACUGCCGAAUGGUCUCCGCGUGCCGGAUGCGAAAGAGACUGGCAGGGAGCAGGUAGGAGAUGGAUUCAUUGUGGGAGGAGACCCAGUAGCCGACAUAGCCGAUAAACCUUACCAGGUGGCGCUCUAUCGCUGGCGGCUCGUCAACUCUGACUGGCAGCUUGGCUUCAUCUGUGGCGGUGUGCUCAUAACAGAGAACUGGGUCGCCACUGCCGCUCACUGCGUCAACGGGCUGGAGUCUCCCGAGCUGUACAUCGUUAGCUUCGGCACGCUGCGCAUCUACGACUGGUCGCCACCUGACGAGAAAUACAGAUAUGUAAGCUUAUCUAGCUUCUCGAUAGAGUAG